CGGGUGGCGCAAAGGGAAAGGUUAGCGGCGAUAGGCCGAAACUUGCAUCGCCGUACUCGCGCGGUCCACUACAUAUAAAGAGAGAGAAUUUCUCAAAUCCAAAACCUUCUUUCUUCCCCCUUCCCUAUCCAUAAACCCUAAUCCAACCAAUUCCAGAGUUCCACCUUCUAAUCCUUCGCGCCUGACCAAAUCCACAGGAGAAUCUUCAGUUCGAAUUCUGCGCCGGCGAGAGGUUUAUCUCUCUAGCGCGUACUAGACUCAGCAGAUUCUUCUUCCCGUUCCACGACCAAUCACGAACACUUCUUUUGCUAGGGCUUAUACUGGAUUGGUCAACCCUGGCGGAUUCUAGGGCCUUCUAAUGGCGGAUCAGCCGCGCCUCCGCCUGCCGUCGAGUUACUGCAACAUCCAACUUGUGAAAGCGUCGCUAGUGUUAGGUAUAGGGUUUGAGCGAGGAUUUUGUGCUGGAUUUGAGAGACGGGAAGCAUGCUGAGUGUGCUGCGUGUUCAUCUGCCGUCGGAGAUUCCCGUGGUUGGCUGCGAGAUUACGCCUUACGUUCUUAUCAAGCGCCCGGAUAACUCCGUAUCCAACGAGGAUGUCGUUGAGGCCGCACCCGUUGGGGGUUGCUAUAUGAGCUAUAGGUGGUAUCGCAUUCAAACUGAUAGGAAAGUUUCUAUCUGCAGUAUUCAUCCAUCAAAACAAGCAACUUUGCAGUGCAUAGGCUGUCUCAAGGCAAAAGUACCUCCUGCAAAGAGUUUUCAUUGUACACCCAAAUGUUUCUCAGAUGCUUGGCGACACCAUCUUGUCUUGCAUGAACGAGCUAGCAGUGCUGUUAAUGAAAAUGGAACUGAGGAAGAAGAAUUAUUUGGACGUUUUAGUAGUGGUGUUUCAGGUGCCGUCAAUACUAGCUCAACAUCCAACUUGAAUAAUGCUUCCACACCUGUAUAUCCUGCAAGUAUUUCAGAAAGGAGUGGAGGGGAAACAUGGUUUGAAGUGGGGCGUUCUAGGACCUAUACUCCAUCUGCUGAUGACAUUGGUCAUGAACUGAAGUUUGAAUGUCUACCAGUAGAUUCAGAAACUAGAAUACCUGUUGGAAAUUCAAGUACAGUUACAACAGCACGUGUAAUUCCAGCCCCUUCUCCAUGCCCUCGUCGCAUGAUUAAAGUUGGUGGUGCUGAUUUUCUCGGGCAUUUAGAUCAUGAUAGUGCAUCCUCUGGUACCUUUAAAGUACUCUCAUAUAACAUUCUUGCUGAUCAGUAUGCAACAAGUGAGCUAUACGGCUACUGCCCUUCCUGGGCUCUUGCAUGGCCUUAUCGGAGGCAGAAUCUAUUGAAAGAAAUCAUUGGCUAUCAUGCUGACAUUAUCUGUCUUCAGGAGGUCCAAAGUGAUCAUUUUGAGGAAUUUUUUUCUCCGGAACUUGAUAAGCAUGGCUAUCAAGCACUUUACAAGAAGAAGACAAUAGAGGUUUAUAAUGGAAAUGUGAAUAGAAUUGAUGGUUGUGCUACUUUUUUUAGAAGAGAUCGGUUUUCACAUGUUAAAAAAUAUGAGGUCGAAUUCAACAAAGCUGCGCAAUCUUUGACUGAUGCAGUGAUCCAGCCCGGUCAGAAGAAACUUGCUUUGAACCGUCUAAUUAAGGACAAUAUCGCUUUAAUUGUAGUCUUGGAGGAAAAGUUUAGCAACCAGGGUAUUGAUAAUCCUAGCCAAAGGCAACUUCUUUGUGUGGCAAAUACUCAUAUGAAUGUCCAUGACCACAAAGAUGUGAACCUUUGGCAGGUGCACACUCUUUUAAAAGGAUUGGAGAAAAUUGCUAUUACUGCUGAUAUUCCAAUGUUGGUGUGUGGGGAUUUUAAUUCAGUUCCAGGAAGUGCAUCUCAUGCGCUUCUAGCAAUGGGCAAGGUUGAUCAAUUGCAUCCUGAUUUGGGAGUGGAUCCCCUUGGGAUAUUGCGUCCUCCAAACAAACUAAAUCACCAGCUACCUCUGGUUAGUGCAUAUUCAACAUUUGCGAGGAUGGUGGGGGUUGGCCUUGGAUUAGAUUUGCAACGAAGAAAGAUGGACCCCGCCACUAAUGAACCUCUGUUUACCCAUUGUACAAGGGAUUUUAUUGGUACUCUCGACUACAUAUUUUACACGGCGGACUCUUUAACUGUGGAAUCCUUAUUAGAACUAUUGGAUGAGGACAGUCUACGCAAAGAUACCGCACUUCCUUCUCCAGAGUGGUCAUCUGAUCACAUAGCCCUUUUAGCAGAAUUUCGAUGCAAACCUAGAAUGAGACGUUGACACUAGAUGUCCCAUAUAUUGUGCCGUUGAUCAUGUACAAAGAGCACUUAUCAAAGAAACGAUUCUAUUGGGUAAAUAUGCAAAAAUGAAGAAUUAUGAUUUUAUUUCAUGUUAAGCGGUUGCUCCAUCACAAGCAUUUGUACCAUCUAAUUACUGCCUCAUAGAACUAACGUUUGCAGAUCUGAUUUCUGAUAUCUUGCUUGAUUUUUUCUUUAGUAUUAGUCUCAAAAUUAGCAUAUUACUUGCUAUGUUCUUCAUUUUAGUCUAUAAGCGGCUCUUCUGAAAUUGUCCAGUUGAUCACCUGCAUGAGCAUAAA